AUGUUGAUAGAUUUGGUAAAACAUGGAUACCUUUUGAAGUUUAAUAAAAUAAAGUCUGAAACAUUUGAAAGCUAUCACGCCUCCUUAAUAGCUGAUACGAUAUUAUCUCGCUGUCGUCAUAAUAUUUCCAUGUUAAUGAGAACGCCAUUCAAAAUUUCGUAUAGGGGAGCAUAUUCAUUUUCCCAUAUACCAUCUAGACGCCUUGGGUUUAUACCAUCACCAUUUGUUACAUUGUUGAUUUGUAGUCUUCCCAGAAUACGAUCAAAACUUAGCUUGGAAUUAUUCAUAUCAGCACUGGUCAUUUGGGUUUCUUUGGUCAUGCUCAAAAUAGCAUCGUCUGUGUUUUUGCUCGCAUAUAGUAUAAAAAGAGUGGACACAAUCCACAACCUAGACCCAUCAUUCAGCAAGAUCGGACCUCUAUAA